GUGAGCCACGUGCUUUUUUGUCAUCAGUAUAAAUAUAAUAUAUUGUAUACUAAUAGUUGAGUUUUUAUCAAUCAGUUGUGACUAUAUUAUUUCUUUAAUCAGUGAAAAAUGGUGAGAAAGAAGAUUGAUAAUCGUAUCCGGACGCUUGUAGAGGAUGGAGUUGCUCGUCAACACAGGACGAUGUUCGUUAUUGUUGGUGAAAAAGCCAAGGAUCAAGUUAUGUUCCUUCAUCACAUAUUACUCAAAUCAACCGUAAGAACCCAACCCAAUAUUUUAUGGUGUUACAAAAAAGACCUUGGCUUUAGUACUCAUAGGAUGAAGCGAAUGAAGAUGGUACAAAAAAAAUCAAAAUUAGGCCAAGUAAAUGUCGAUCUUGAUGAUCCAUUCCAGCAAUUCAUUCAUUCCUCUAAAAUUCGUUACUGUUAUUAUAAAGAGACUCACAAUAUUCUGGGUAAUACAUAUGAUAUGUGUGUAAUACAAGAUUUUGAAGUCAUCACUCCAAAUAUAUUAGCCCGAACAUUAGAAACGGUUCAAGGUGGUGGAAUAAUUGUUUUCCUUCUCGAAAGCUUGAAAUCAUUGAAACAACUAUAUACAAUGAAUAUGGAUGUCCAUCAAAGGCUCAGAACAGAAGCUCACCAAGACGUUGUUUGUCGAUUUAAUGAAAGAUUUUUAUUAUCUUUAGCUAAUUGUAAGCGUUGCUUAGUUAUUGAUGAUCGACUACAGGUAUUGCCUAUUUCUUCUAGUAAUCUUACUAUUGCACCUGCUGAAAAAACAACUAUUGACACAUCUGAAUUAGAUUCACUUAAAAAGAGUUUACAAGAUGAGCAACCUGUUGGCGCCAUAGUAAAUUGUUGCAAGACUGUUGAUCAAGCUAAUGCAAUAAUAAAAUUCAUUGAAGCUAUUUCAGAAAAAACUCUAAGAUCUACAAUUUCAUUAACUGCAGCUAGAGGACGUGGUAAAUCUGCAGCCCUUGGUUUAUCAAUUGCUGCAGCAAUUGCUUAUGGAUAUUCUAAUAUUUUUAUCACUAGUCCUAGCCCUGAAAAUUUAACGACAGCUUUUGAGUUCAUUUCUAAAGGCUUAAUUGCAUUAAAAUAUCAAGAACACACAGAUUAUCAGCUUUUAAAAAGUAGUAAUGCAGACUACAAUCAAGCUACCAUAAGAGUAGACAUUUUCAGAGAUCAUAAGCAAACUGUUCAAUAUAUAAAUCCUGCUGAUGCUAAAGAAAAAUUAGGUAUGGCUGAAUUAUUAGUAAUUGACGAAGCAGCUGCCAUUCCUCUACCUUAUGUCAAAGACAUGUUAGGACCAUAUCUUAUUUUCAUGGCUUCCACAAUUAAUGGAUACGAGGGCACUGGGCGUUCAUUGACUUUGAAACUACUUCAGCAACUGCGGACACAAGCAAAAAGCUCUUCUAAAAUAAGUAAAGAUUCUGUCCGCCGAAAUUUGAAAGAACUCAGUUUGGAGGAACCAAUCAGAUAUCGAGCUGGAGAUAGUGUUGAAAAGUGGCUGUGUGAAUUAUUGUGUUUAGAUGCUACAACUGGCAUUCCUUCUACCCCGACACUAUACCCUAAGGAAGAAGAUUGCCAGCUUUAUUACAUUAAUAGAGAUACACUUUUCUCUUAUCACAAAGCUUCUGAAAUGUUCUUACAGAGAAUGAUGGCCCUCUGCGUAUCUUCACAUUACAAAAAUAGCCCUGAUGAUUUACAAAUGAUGUCUGAUGGUCCUGCUCAUCACCUUUUCUGCCUUUUAGGUCCAGUUGAUUCAAGUAAAACUACUUUACCAGAAAUACUGGUGGUUAUUCAGAUGUGCCUUGAAGGACAAUUAAGGAAAUCAACUGUAUCCGAUGGAUUAGCCAAAAGAGAGAAACGAGCGGCAGGAGAUUUAAUACCAUGGACCAUAGGUCAACAAUUUCAAGAUGAAGAUUUCCCUUCUCUAUGUGGGGCUCGAAUAGUGCGAAUUGCUACACAUCCGGAUUACCAAAAUAGAGGCUAUGGUAAACGGGCUAUAAAAUUACUAAAAAAAUACUAUCGUAAGUCUUUUAUACGGGAUGAAAAUGACCUGGAUGACGAAGAAAUGAAAAUAGAUACAAUUACUGAAGAUGAAGAUGUAGAUUUACUUCAAGAAACAAUAGAACCUAAGAGUUCUUUACCUCCACUCUUUUUGAAACUAUCCGAAAGACGACCAGAACACCUAGACUACAUAGGAGUGUCAUUCGGAGUAUCCGAGCCUUUAAUGCGUUUCUGGACCAAAAAAGCUGGAUUUGUACCUGUAUACGUAAGACAGACUUCAAAUGAUAUUACCGGAGAACAGUCAUGCAUAAUGUUAUCCAAGUUAGGUGCAAAAACCUCUGAUUGGCUUGAAGCCUAUUGGAAAGAUUUUCGACGUCGAUUCGUUAUGUUACUGCAAUCGUCAUUUAGGGACUAUUCAAUACAUCUUGCAUGGAAUAUAUUAUCGAACCAGACAAUUCAAUUACAACGUGAAACAUUACCACGGGAAAAGAUGCUUGUUUACUUUACAACUGAAGAUAUCCAGCGAUUGGAAAUGUUUAAAAAUAACAUGUGUGAUUACACAAUGAUAUUAGAUUUAAUGUUUCCACUAGCCAAGUUGUACUUUUUCAAUUAUAUGGGAGAUUUAAAUUUGUCUGUUCUUCAGUCAACUAUUCUUUUAGGCAUGGGACUCCAAUACAAAACAGUAGAUCAAAUUGUUGAAGAACUAAAUAGAAUGGAAGAUAAACAAAAUAUCACCCAAGCUGACUUGAAAGAAAAACAAGAGUUGACUCGAGCUGACUUUUUCAAAGUUUUUAAGCGUCUCAUUAGAGAAUCUGUUGAGUAUUUAAAAAAAGUAUUGUGA